AUGAGAGGGGGGAAAGCCCCGCCUCCUUCCCUGGGAGGUAUUGCGGGCAUGCGCAGUGGGCGUUCCAGCGCCACCACCCAUCAGCUGAGAAUCGUAGCUGGGGGCUCAGGGGCCCUUGGGUCCCCGCCGCCAAAGAAGGAGAAGGAAGCCGAGGAGGUCGGGGUAAGAGGAGCCUCGGGAGGGGGUGUCCCUGGCGGGGCGCCCCGAAAGCGCGUGUGCCCGUGGCUGCCGCGCCACCUUGUUUUUUGUGCGCGUUGUCAGGUGGCCGCCGCCCCUGCGCUUUGCGGCAGGCUCCCGGGAGUCGGAGGGCCGGCGCUGACCCUGCCCCGGGAUCGCGCUGCUCCCCACGCCCCGCGGGCUGGCGCGGGUGCGCCGCCCGAUCAGGCGGGUCCCGCCGGCCCUGCCAGCCCGGCCCGCCCAGCGCCGGCUGCGCUGCAGCCUCGCCUCCGCCCCCGGCCGCCCCGGCAGCCCCGGCCGCGCUCGCUCAGGCGCACCGGCGGGCUGCGCGCUCCGGGGCGGGGCUGGUGCCCGGGCCGCUCCAGCCCAGUUCUGGAAUCCAGCUUCUGCCUCGGGCUGGACAUCAGUUGA